CUGGCAGUGGGCCCACGCGCUAGAAACGCCUGAUUAUUAACCGCUUUUAUCUCCAUUUGUUCCCAUUUGGUAUACCCCUUUUUGUUUCAGUCCUUUGUGAGUGUGUGUCUGUGUGUGUUAGUGGAGCUUUUGAGAGCUGCUUGGAAUAAUAGUGAGCGAGAAAAAAAGGUGGAAAAUGUUGGGCACAAGGCGAGGCGUUGUGCUGGCGGCGGCGGCGCUCAUGUUCUCGGCGAUGGUGCUGCCGGAGGUGGCGGCGGUGCGCUACAUUGUGGGCAACGGGGGGCUUGGCGGCUGGACCUCCGGCGUGAACUACUCGAACUGGACUCACGGAAAGCACUUCUACAAUGGGGAUUGGCUGUUCUUUGUAUACGACAGGAAUCAAUACCAAGUGCUUGAGGUGAACAAGACCACGUAUGAUAACUGCACCCUCGACCAGCCGAUCCACAACUUCACAGGUGGUGCCGGAAGGGAUGUGGUGGCACUCAACCAGACUCGAAAUUACUAUUUCAUAAGCAGUGUGGGAUACUGUUUUGGAGGCAUGAAGCUUGCUGUACAUGUCGAGAAUCCUCCACCUCCACCCUCAACUUCACCCUCGAGAAACGGGUCUCCCUCAAGCCUCGUGUCUUCUUUCCGGGCCCGGGCCUUGGUUCCGGCCCUUUUCGCAGCUGCUGCUGUUUGGGACUCGUUCCUUCUGCUCGUGUAAUAUUCGUGGGUUUGUUUUGUUUUGUUGCAAUUUAUCGACCGAAUUGUGAAGAAAAAGUCAUCUGAAUUUGUUUCCAUCGUUUUGUUAGUGUUCUUCACAUUUGAGAUAAUCAAGAUUAUUGGUGAGGUUGGGUUUGGUUUGUAGGAGUGUUGAGAACUUUUUGUUUGUUUUUCAACAACUUGGUUAAGAAUUGUUGUAUGGAUUUGUAGACAUUGUUUGUGUUUAUUGAUUGAUUAUGAAGAAGAAGCCCGGGUCGAGGUGGUUUGGGCCGGGCCUGGGCUGGGUAAGGCACGUGUGCUGUCAACGUGGGAAUGGGUUGUGUAUUUUAGAGCUUUCACAUGCUUGAUAAAUGAUGAUGGAUAGUCCAACUUGUUGAGUUGAAGAUUUGAUUAGUUUAAUACUUUUUAAAUUUAAAUAUUCUAUGGUUGUUUUCAUAAUCUUUGCAUGGGUUUACUUAGCUGCGUUUUGUGGUUAGGAGUUGGUUGUAUUACAGCUGAGAUGCCCACGUGAAGUGCUGCACAAU